AUGUCCAUUAGAAUAGAGAAUAAUUUAAAAAAUACGGACAAUGCAGAGUUGUUUGAGCAAAAAGCGCAUUACGUGCCCUGUAAAAUAGAGGCAGACGGAGCUGCAAAUGUGGGAAAAUACUUUGAACAAUAUGUGGUUGAAAACGACGGUGAGCUCACCGGCACUUUCAGAGGACACCCCCUUAAUGGCGUUAAGAUGAUGCUGCCAGAAGGCUAUAGGGCUUUGCUGGUCACUGAAGCUAAGAAACCGCUCUCUGACGACGCAGACAGAAGAUUUCAGGUGGCCGGAGGAUUCAAGGAGUUUGUCAAUUGGAACUGGGAUAAGAAACCAACAAAAAAUGACACUAUAGUCAAAGGAUUUCAGUGGAUUGAUAUUGCAGAGGCGAUACAUGGGGAU